GCUGUUCACUGUUGUGUUAAAAAGUGUGACUGUAAUCAUGCAUCCUGGUUAGAAACUGUCUCCUCUCUUCUGUGUGUAAGGUUCCCCCUCAAAAAACCUCAGCUCACCUGUGAAUGGGUAAACAGCCUGGGGAUGAAGAACUUCAUCCCGACCGCCCACACAUGCCUCUGCUCGGAGCACUUCAGGGCCGAUUGCUUCAGGGACCUCAACGGCAAAAAGUUUCUGAGGGUGGAUGCGGUACCCACCAUUUUCAGCCAUGGGCAGGAUUCAUCAAAGUCGGAACAAGGACCAAAGAAAAAGUUCACUCCGGUGGAAAUCCUGAAAAUACUGGAGGACGACCCUGGGAACCUCCUUUGUCUGAGUGAUUCAUCGUCGGAUGACGAGGAUCUGGUGCAUCCCGAAAAAACACACGACACCAGUAGUGAAUCGGAUUACCGUCUUCCAUCAUCGGAAAGUGAUGAGGAUGACGAGGACUCUCUUGCCAGAGUCCCAGAACCUUCAAGUGCCCCACGGCCAACACGUCCACAAUCGGCUCCAGAACCUUCACACCCUCAGCCAGGCCCAGAAGCAUCUGCUCCCCCCACGACUCUACACACCCAGUCGUUAGCACCUCAGUCACCUCAGUCGGACCCAGCAGCACCUCCCCCGACCACUCGGAUCCCAGGCCCCACAUGUGACACCACCACAGCAUGGUCUCCUAUCGGCCUCUUCCAGCUUUUUUUCCCUGCAAAUGUUGUCCAAAAAAUCAUUGACAACACAAAUGCCAAUGCUGCCAAAAGAAGGCAAGCUGGGAAAAAAUUCACCUGGGAAGUGCUCACGAUGAAGGACUUCUACACGUUCCUCGCUGUCAUCCUUUUCACUGGCUUUGUGACGGUCCACCACAGGUCAGAUUACUGGAGGAAGAAAUGGCCAUACAACUUCCAGUUCCCCGGUGACCACAUGACACGGGACCGCUUUGAGUCCAUUUUGUGGUCACUUCACCUUAGUGACCCAAAAGAGGACGAGGAAAACGACAAAAAAAGGAACACUGCCGAGUACGACCAUCUGUUCAAGAUCAAGCCGCUCUACACAGAGAUUGCGAACGCCUGCAAAGCCAAUUUCCAGCCGCAUCAGAAUCUGUCCAUUGAUGAGCGGAUGGUCUUAAGCCAAGCAGCCAGCAUGAAGGACAAGCUCACAAAGUGGGGUUACAAACUGUUUGUGCUGUCGGAUACGUCGAUUGGCUAUACGUGGAAUUUCUUUGUCCACACAGGCAAAAGUGAGUCCGCCACAGGCCACAGUGUGAGUUACUCAGCAGUGAUGGACCUUUUGCCUUUUCCUCUCCUUGGCGGCGGCUACUUGUUGUACACAGACGAUUUCUACACAAGCCCUGCGCUCUUCACCGAUCUGUCCAAAAAGAACAUUGGCUGUUGUGGGACCAUCAGGAAAAAUCGAACUGGCUUCCCUAAGACCCAGACCAACGACCUGCCCAAAAAGGCUGAGAGGGGGGACAUGCGUUGGAUCCGGAGUGGCAAACUCCUCUUCGUGAAGUGGAUGGACAUGAGAGAGGUAAUGAUGUGUUCCACAGUGCAUCAGGCCUACAGUGGACAGACUGUGAGGAGAAAGGUGAAGGAGGCUGGGGUGUGGCAGAACAAGUCAAUACCAGUUCCGGACUGCCUCGUGGACUACAAUCACAACAUGGGUGGUAUGGAUUUGUGCGAUGCACUGAUCGAAUUUUACAGCGUCCGCCACAAGACGAUGACGUGGUACAUGACUUUUUUUUACCACUUUGUGGACAUCGCUGUUGUGAACAGUUAUCUUUUGCACAAGGAGCUGUUCAAGUUGAGGCAGGACCCUACCCAGAUGGACCCCUUCACCCACAAGGCCUUCAGGGAGAAGUUGGCCAAGGAGAUGCUGGAGUUUGCUGAAGGCUCAGCACCCCCCUCCACCACCACCACCUCCUCCCCCUCCACCACUUGCAUGCCCAUGUUUUUCGACAGCGAGGAAACAAGGGUCAGGAAGUAUUGCAAGAGGUGCCAGGAUACUGGAAUGCUGAGGGUGAAGACAUCCACUUGUUGCAGGAAGUGUAAGGUUCCUCUCUGCCUCACCUCCAAAAAGAACUGCUUCCAGCUGUGGCACGAUGGACAAUAA